CCUCCCGCCAGCGCGCGCCCCGCGCCGGGGACUAGGAGGGAGCCGCGCGUGCCGCUCGCAAGGAGCCAGCCUGCGCGUCCCGAGCCGCCGCGGCCGCAGCCGGAGCUGGCAGGGGGCUCCCGCCCCGGCACGCAGUCGUCUCCCGCGGGCCUCCGGGCCUCCCCAGCGCCAGUCUCGCCCGCCCUGCCCCAGCAGGCGCCGCAGCCCGUGGCCUGGGCAGGAGCGGCCGCCGGUAGCUGCGCCCUGCCCGGGACGGACGCCGGACCGCCCCGUCACGUGCGCCCAAGUCCUCGGCCGGCCGGGGCAGCGCCGUUCCCAUGGUUCAAGGCUGUUGAUGGAGAAGGGGGCGGAUGACAGCCGGGACCGUGGUCAUCACUGGGGGCAUCUUGGCGACUGUGAUUCUGCUCUGCAUCAUCGCCGUUCUGUGCUACUGUCGGCUCCAGUAUCACUGCCGCAAGAAGGAGGAACCGCAGGAGGACGAGGAGGAGCCUGACUUCGCCGUGUCGCACCUGCCCCCGCCGCCCGGCAGCCGCAGCCUCGUGCUGACCAACGGGCCGGCGCUCUACCCAGCCGCCUGCACCUCCUUCAGCCAGAAGACCCCGCAGGCCCGCGCCCUCUGCCGCAGCUGCUCCCACUACGAGCCGCCCACCUUCUUCCUGCAGGAGCCCGAGGACGAGGGCGUGCGCAACGGCGGGGAGCGCGUGGCCUACCAGAGCGUCGGCCAGGAGGACGCGGAGCUGUCCCCCGGGGGCUUUGGGGGGCUGCAGGCGCUCAACCCCAGCCGCCUGUCGGCCAUGCGGGAGGCCUUCUCCCGCAGCCGCAGCGUCAGCACCGACGUCUGAGCCGCGCCGCCCGCCCCACGGCUCCCCAGACCAUGGUGGGGUGUCCGGGGCACACCGGCCUGGCCCCAGGCCGGGACCAGGGCUCAGGCCAGCCCUCCGCACCUCUCUGUCACCACGGGGGGCCACCGGGGAGCUUGGUGGCUCACGGCAGGGGUGAGGCGCAGUGAACACCCGGGUGGCCACCAGAGGCAGGGGCUGCGAGCCCGGGGCAGGCGGGCACAGGUGAGCCGAGGCUCCCGGGUGAGCAGGUCGCAGGACAGGGCAGGGCUCCAGGGCAGAGACAUCAGGCUCCCGACAGUGAGGCUGCCCUGCCCCGGAAUGGGGCCAUCCCUGCCUGGGAAGCUGACCCCGUCCCCCGGUCCCUGGGCCUUCCCACCUGUUCAACAAGGAGGCGGCAGCCGCAAUGCCACUGGCCCGGAAGCAGGUACAGACCAAGUAUCCUGUCCUGGGAGGGGGCCGCCGCCUCCGCCUCCCUCCCCCGCACGCACGCACCCCUGGCUCCCAGUGCCGGGCUGCUGAGACUCUCUUUGGGCCGGUACCUCUACCCUCAAAGAGCUAGAGGGGCCGCUCCCAGCCCCAGCUGGCUUUCUGGUGAAAGAGAGAGGCCCAGAGGGAGGAAGAAGCCACGAGCCGACCACCUCCCUCAGGAGCGUGCACCCUUCGGGACGCGCCCAGGUCCGAAGCUCCGGGGGGCUGGGCAGACAGAGCAAGGAUCAGGACCUGAAAGCCCUCUGAUCUCUCCGUGAGGCCUGGGACAGGCCCUCCCACCCACUGGGUUUCAGCUUCCAGGGGCCCUUCAAGCUCUGGUCCCCAGGGGAGACACCCCAAGCUCUCCCACACAGCCCCUGUGUCUCAGCGGGGGGUCUGGGAGGAAGGCCCGUGAUCCUGCCCUCGGUCCAUGGAGGACCAGUGAGCCCACUCACCGCCAGCCUCCCAGCAGGGCCAGGGUCCCCCUGGGAGCCCACCCUCCAGCUCGCUCCCUCCGGCUGGGGAAGCAAUGCCCAACGGCCACCCCAGGAAAAUGGUCCAAACUUAGGGGCCCCAGUCAUGGGGAACUCAGCUCCCCCACCCAGCCAGAUGCAGCCUUUCCUGCUCUGCAGCAGGGCCCCAGAGCCCCCUGUCCUCUUGGGGCCUGCCACGGAGCCCCCAGGGUCGGGUCGCCCCUGUCUGCUGGGAGACAGGCCAAGCUCCCCAGUUAAGCCCCUUCCUAAAAAGCAAACUGAUCUUUGAGGGUCCCUGAGCUGUGGGCAGCCUGAGCACCUGCUUCUUGCCGGAGGCUCCAAAGGGUGGAGUGGUCGGGCGUGAGCAGAGCUGGGGAAGACGGAACUGUUCUUAGCUUUCUGGAUUAUUUCUCCUUCUUCCUUUCUCCUCCUGCCUCAGUCUGGACACACCCGUGGAAUCCAUCCCCAACUUUCCCACAGCCCAAGCUCCCCGCCUUUGUGGGGCCCCAUGACUUUGUUUUGUGCAUUUGCUUGGGGGGUGGGCUGGGGUGGGGGGCAAGCCCCGGGAGGUGGCACUCCCUGCAGCGGUCCUGUUCCGGGUUCCUCUUUCCUUCUCUGGUCUCUAGUCUCUGUGUAGAUUCAUAGAUCCUCUUGAAAUGAGAUAAGCACCCCUCCGUGUGAGCUCACGCAGCCGCACUGAGGGGACCUGCGGGGAGCGGGUGCUCCCUGGGAUAAGCGAAAACCAAUAAAAGUCAUCUCCAGCA